AGGGUGUGUAGUACACACCUUUUUGGCUCGGGCCCUUUUUAUUUUGAUGAUACCCAUUAAAUGGCUGAUUUGGAUGAUCUGCAGGUACCAGUAUCUGCGACAUCUGGUCCGAAGGCAAAGAUUCUGGUGUUUAUAAUCGUAGGUCGCGAUGACCGUCCUCUGUUGAUUCAAGACUUGUCUACUCCGGGUUGGCGCCCAGAUCCACCGCAUCUUGCUCCAUUCGUUGCACAUCAAGCUCUAGAUGUCAUAGAUGAUAUGAUAUGGUCAAAUCCAUCUAUGUAUCUCAAAGAGGUUGAUGUUUUCGACUGUCUUGCCGUCUGGGCUUUUGUAAGUACUAGUAACAUACGCUUCUUGCUAGUUACUCGAGCAUCUGCAUGGAAGAAGGUUGAAUCAUCACCUGAUGAUAACCUCCCUAUGCCGGAACCGCCGCCCUGCGAUUCAAUUCGCGCAUUUUUCAAAGAAGUUCAUGAGCUUUAUUGCAAGCACCUGUACAACCCGCUGUACAAGCCUAACGAUGGUAUCUACAGCACCGAAUUUAACAUUCGGGUCAAACGUAUCGCAAUGAAACAUCUAUACUGAAUAAUGUUAU